AUGGAGAUUCAGAAGACUGAGGAAGCGAAGAAUCCAGAAAUCGAGGAGAUAAUCGAAUUAACGAAGCAGAAGCAAUCCGAGGAAGUAGAACAUUGCGACGAGCAGGAGAAGCAAACUCAAGUAGCUGAAGAUGAAGAAGACGAAAACGAAUUGAGAAAUCUGCUGCUUGCAGAUAUAGGAGAGCUUCCGAUUUCUCCUCCAUCAGCUACACAAGUCAAUUUCGUUUCUUACUUCAUCACAGAUUUUACUAAACCUGGUCAUGAUCAAUACAUCUAUCGUCACGCCAAUGGUUUGUGUGUGAUUGGAUUGGCUCCUACGCAUUUGGCUUUUAAGGACGAAGGUGGGAUCACUAACAUCGAUUUCAAUGUCGGUAAAUCUGAUCGCAGCGUCUUGAAAGUCUCCGGCAAGCGUAAAAAAAAUGCUAUGCGCUCUGAAUCGAAUACAGCAUUGUGCAAAGUGUCCACUGCAAAAGAGUCUUAUAUUGUGAGGUGUUGCGUUAAGGGAUCUCUCUUGGAGGUGAAUGAGAGAUUAAUCAAGCAACCACAACUUCUUAAUUCUUCGGCUGAUCGUGAAGGAUAUAUUGCGAUAAUCAUGCCAAGACCUGCGGAUUGGACCAAGAACAAGGAAUCACUGAUAACUUUUGAGGAAUAUAAAGAAAAGAAAGAAGUUUCUCUAUGA